CUGCAGCUUCUAGGACCCAGUUUCUUUUACUGAUUUCAAAACAAAACAAAAAAAUAAAAAAGUUGUGCCUGAAAUGAAUCUUGUUUUUUUUAUAAGUAGCCGCCUGGUUCCUGUGUCCUGUAAAAUACAGGCACUUGACCCUUGGUGUAGCUUCUGUUCGACUUUAUAUCACGGGAUUGGAUUGGUCUGAUUUCUUGGCCCUCAUCUUGAAUUGGCCACAUACAGGACAGGGUCCCUGGCCAGUGGACUGAAGGUUUUGUCCACAAGAUGACAAAAGGUCAGCUCAGGGGAUGUGUGGGAGGGCACUUUUAUCUUCCCCAUUGUCAUUUGAGUUUUUGAUCUCUGGGUAAAGAGGCCGUUUAUCUUUGUAAACACAAAACAUUUUUGCUUUCUCCGGUUUUCUGUUAAUGGCGAAAGAAUGGAAGCGAAUAAAGUUUUACUGAUUUUUGAGACACUAGCACCUAGCGCUUUCAUUAUUGCUAACGUCCUGUGUGGGGAGGGGCUGGGGCUGGGUGCGGCCUCUCGCAUGACUCCUGUCUCAGAGGCCCACGUGGCCGGGGCGGGGACUGGCUCCCCCGGCGCCGACUGAUUACGUAGCGGGUGGGGCCGGAAGUGCCGCUCCCUGGUGGGGGCUGUUCAUGGCGGUUCCGGGGUCUCCAACAUUUUUCCCUGUUGUGGUUCUAAAUCCGUUGGCAGCGGAGGCACCGGAGCUUGAGGUUCUCGCUGGUGUGAAAUGACUGAGUACAAACUGGUGGUGGUUGGAGCAGGUGGUGUUGGGAAAAGCGCGCUGACCAUCCAGCUAAUCCAGAACCACUUUGUAGAUGAAUAUGAUCCCACCAUAGAGGAUUCUUACCGAAAACAGGUGGUGAUAGACGGUGAGACCUGUCUGUUGGACAUCCUGGACACAGCUGGACAGGAGGAGUACAGUGCCAUGAGAGACCAGUACAUGAGGACAGGCGAAGGCUUCCUCUGCGUGUUUGCCAUCAAUAACAGCAAGUCAUUUGCAGAUAUUAACCUCUACAGGGAACAGAUUAAGCGAGUAAAGGACUCAGAUGAUGUACCUAUGGUGCUAGUAGGAAACAAGUGUGAUUUGCCAACAAGGACAGUUGACACAAAACAAGCCCACGAACUGGCCAAGAGUUAUGGGAUUCCAUUCAUUGAAACCUCAGCCAAGACCAGACAGGGUGUUGAAGAUGCUUUUUACACACUGGUAAGAGAAAUACGUCAGUACCGAAUGAAAAAACUUAACAGCAGUGAUGAUGGGACUCAAGGUUGCAUGGGGUUGCCUUGUGUGGUGAUGUAACAAGAUAACUGUUAAAGUUCUAGCAUCAGAAAAGAGCCACUGUCAAGCUGCACUGACACCCGCCCUGGUCCUGACUUCCUGGAGGACACUCCCCCUGUCGCCCUCUCCAGUCUCACAGAGACGCGCCCGCUACUUCCCCAGCUCUCGGUAGAUCAGCGCAACAUUCUCGGAAUAUAACUACCUCCUCACUUGUUUGUCUGACAGAGAAAUGAACCUCAUUCCUCCCGAGUGCUUUUCCACCCUGGGUUCUCCCCAAACACACACACCUCUGCCACCCCAGGUUUUUCAUCUGAAAAGCAAUUCAUGCUCUGAAACAGAGAACCAAACUCGACAUGAAAUUCUGUAGAAAACAACGUCUUGAUCUCUAAAGUAGCAAGUGCUGGUGGUUUUGUUUUAUUUUUUUUCCUUUUUACUGUUGAAUUUGGAACUAUGUUGGUUUUUGGAGAAAUGUCAUACAUUACUGUUCUGCUGAGAAUAUAGUUAAUGUUGCUGUUUGGUUGGUUUGUAACGUUAGCAGCUCUAUAAAUUGGCAUCUGCUCUGUAUCCGUAAAUACAUAAGCGAAUGCAGACCUGAGUCUAUCCCAGCCUUCUCGACUUUCAUGCAAUUAAAUCUAACUUUCACAAUGAAGUGCCUUUUUCCUAGAAGUGCUUCGUAGACUUCCUUUAUAGCACUUCAGUGGGAUAUAUGUCUCAAAAACCAUUAUACAUGGAAAUGAAUGUCUGAGAUAUGUGUGUGAUGUGUCUACCUUUGAGGGAAAGGUAUACCGAUAGGUAGCAGAUGCCAUUUCUUACGUGUGUGAAGUUGGCUUUCCAUAGACUUGUUUUUAGGCUCUCUCAUGAGAAAGAUGAAACUGGAAACAAUUAUAAGUAAUUUCUCUUAAUUUUUACCUAUGCUUCACUUUUUUGUGUGUAGGUUACUACCUACAAAAUGUAUGUAAUUUGUUUCUUCCAAUAAGAUAAUCUAAUGUUCAAUGAACUUCCAUUUGUAUUUAAAUUUGGGUCAUAUCAGAAAGCUCAGAAGGUGUUCAAAACUAAAAAUUUGAUGCCCUUUUAUUUAAUAGCUGUGAUGAAUGAUUUUUCAAGCCUCAAACAUAUGAAAAGACCCAUUUUCACUGCGUAUCAUGUAUCAUGGUAUCUUAAUGAUGUGUAUAAUUGCUCUCAAUCCCCUCUCACCUCGCCGCCCCCCCCUCCGCCCCCGUUCCUCACCCCACAGCAACUGCAGUUUGAUUAAUUAUUUCAGUUGAGUAAAGCGUGGUGCUAAUAGACCAGGGUCACAGUUUCAAAACUUGUGGGAGCCAGUUAGCGUCACAGAGGGAGAAAUUCUUCCACAUUUGCUCAUUGCACCGGUAACUCCAGCUGGUAGUUUUGCCAGGUGUAUGGUGUUAGUCCUGCAGGAAAGAAGAGAUCAGUUAGCACAAAUCCUUUACCACGACUGCAAAAACUUGGUAUCCUGAGGAGCGUCAGCUUAGAGUCCUUAUAAAGUAUCCAGACUUUUUUUUCUUUUUUGCCACAUGGACACUCUAAAUUAAGCCAAUAUUUUUUCUCACUAUGUUUUUGAGAAUGAGAGUACCUCAGCUCAAAAUUUAAAAAAUUUUUCUUUAUCCAUCAUGUCCUUUGAAGGGUUUAAAACAGCAUGUUGAUUAAUUUAGUCAGCAUAUGACAUAACAUGAUGAGCUUGUUCAGAACAAGAAGUAACCUUUGGACUGUAAUUUCUGUUUGAGAAGGGAGUGGGAAAUGUAAUUACUUAUUAGUUUUGAGGUUUUAGAGACUUGGCUUUUUCAUUUGCAGAUAAAACCCUGGUAAUUCUAAUGAAAAAUAGGUUUAGAUAACUUUUGGUUAAAGACUAGUUCCAAAAUGGCCACUUUCUCUUCUGGUCUAAUAUGUAAAUACCUUACUGCAUCUUCUAAUAUGAAUUUUCAUUUAUUAAGCAAAGUCCACAUUGCCUUGAAAUGAAUUCAGAAGAGGAAAAGAAAUCUACACUGUGCCCAGAGUCUAAUGAAACUAGAGUGUUAGCAUAAAUUUUGAGAUCUUCCACAGUGCUGUCAACACCUGCAAACAGAAACUCUCUGCUGCUUUGUUUCUGCCCUUUUAGAGCAUUGCUCUGUGAUUUUUCUUGGGGCUGGAUUGAGGCUUGUCACCUCAGUUGUCAUCAUUGUUGUCUUGUUUAUGUGACUGACAGCGUGACUCUUUUUCUCAUGUCCCCUUAGCCCUUGUAUGGAUGUACAUUACGGUUUUCUCAAAUAUGUCGUAAGCACAGAAGUAUCUAAAUGGGGCCAAAAUUCAGACUUGAAAACUGCUCUUUUCCUAGCUUAAGAAGUUAGGUGUGAAUUUUGGCGCAAUAGAGUGACGAAGUUACAGUUGAAUGCUGAAUCACUUCAGUUAGUGUGGUUUUUAGAAUAUGUAUGUAAUUGCUAAAACAAUUCCAGCUUACCUCAGAAUCUGAAAGUCUCUUUGCCCCAGUUAAGUGCCUGGCCAGCUGUCGUAAAUCACACAUUGCUUUGUUUGUUUCUUAAGGUCGCAUGUUCAGGAGUAUGAAAAUAAGAUGUUCUGUCUAAAGGCCACUGUGCCUAAUCUGUCAUGUGCUGUCUUUGCUCCAGCAGCUCCCUAUAGAACGUUACUUGGUGACAUAAUGUUAUACUUCUUACAGUUUUCACUUCGGGAAUGUCAUGGGUGAGAUUAUUCUCAGUAUGUAUUUUAGUGGGCCCCGUGUUUAGUCAGUCAUCAUCCUUUUAAACUGCUGUGAAUUUUUUGUCUUGACUUGAAAGCAAGAAUAGAGAAACACUUUAAAGAGAUAUUUUGUGUUUUUUUUUCCCAUUCCAGAAUUUGUGAGCAUAAUCAUAUUUUGCUUUACAUUUACAGUCACGAACUCUUAAGCUGGCAGCUACAACCAAGAACCAAAAAAGUGGUGCAUUCUGCUUCUUGUAAUUCAUCUCUACUAAUAAAUUACAAGAAGCAAAGAUAACUAAUUAGGGAAAAUAUUUUAUUUGGGUGGUUUCUAUAAACAAGGGACUAUAAUUCUUGUACAUUACUUUUCAUCUUUGCUGUUUCUUGUUCAAUGUGCCACAAAAUUAUUUUGAGGUGUUUCCUAUAAGAAUUGUUUUAAAAGUGUUCUUCAUAUCGGAGUAGUUGUAGAUAUAUUUCACAAUAUUACUGGUGAUUUUUAAAAGCCUGAGUACUGACCUAAGAAGCGAUGAUAUGAAUUCUACUCUGGAGGGAAGGGAUGAUCUCAAUGGAUAUUGUAUGACUUUUAUAUUUUUGUGCCAUCAAAUAUAGGUAAAAUUAUCAAUUGUGCAAUUCUGCUGUUUAAAACGGGAACUCUUGGCCUCCUUGGCCCUAAAUGAAAGGGCUGACAUUCUAAGUUGCCUAUUUUAUUGUAAAUUAAUCCAUUCUAAUUUUUAAAAAUUUGGUUGAAUGUUUUUCUUGUUCAGUGUUUAAAAAAUAAAAACUGGAAGUUCUUUGCUUAGUUAUAA